AUCCUCUGUCUACAUUACAGAGACGAACUGAAGCGACAACCGUGAAGUGAAAAAUGGAGAGUGAUGCUGGUGAAGUGGUGAGUAACAAGCAAGUGAUCUUCAAGGACUACGUGCCUGGUGUUCUUAAAGAGUCAGACAUGUACAUCACUACUAGUACUAUCACACUCAAGGUCCCAGAAGAUUGUACUAACGGUGUUCUUGUAAAAAAUCUUUACUUGUCUUGUGAUCCUUACAUGAGAAACCGAAUGAGAAACUUUCAGGGCUCUUAUAUUUCUCCCUUGAAGCCUGGUUCGCCUGUAAGUGGGCGUGGAGUGGCUAAAGUUUUGGAUUCAAGGCAUCCGGAUUAUAAAAAGGGCGACUGCAUUUGGGGAAUGACUGGAUGGGAAGAGUACAGUCUGAUUACAGCAACAGAGACACUAUUUAAAAUCCAUGAUAAAGAUGUGCCCCUUUCCUAUUAUACUGGAAUUCUUGGAAUGCCGGGUUUGACUGCUUAUGCUGGCUUCUAUGAAAUAUGCUCUCCUAAGAAAGGGGAGUUUGUUUUCAUAUCAGCAGCCUCUGGUGCAGUUGGUCAGCUUGUCGGGCAGUUUGCAAAGUUGUUAGGUUGCUAUGUUGUCGGAAGUGCUGGAAGCAAAGACAAGGUUGAUUUGUUGAAGAAUAAGUUUGGCUUUGAUGAUGCUUUCAACUACAAAGAAGAGCUCGACUUGGAUGCAGCAUUGAAAAGGUACUUUCUUGAUGGCAUUGAUAUUUACUUUGAAAAUGUUGGAGGAAAAAUGCUUGAUGCAGUACUACUCAACAUGAGGGUCCAUGGGCGAAUUUGUGUUUGUGGAAUGGUCUCACAGUACAAUCUCGAGCAGCCCGAAGGUGUUCAUAACUUGAUGCAUCUUGUGCCGAAACGCAUUCAUAUGGAGGGUUUCUUGGUCUAUGAUUUCUUUUACCUGUUCCCAAAAUAUCUAGACAUGGUUCUGCCUUACAUCAAACAAGGAAAGAUUGUGUAUGUGGAAGACAUAGCAGAAGGCCUUGAAGGUACUCCGGCAGCUCUAACUGGACUCUUCGCCAGCCGCAAUAUUGGAAAACAAGUGGUUGCAGUUUCUCGUGAAUGACUUUUUUAACACCUGCAUUUUACUUCGAUCAUGAUCAUUGCUGUUUGUCAAAGCAUUAUUCUUGGAUACACAGCCAGGUACUUUCGAAAGCCUGGUGCCGUCACUGUGAUACUCCAACUAUUUUUCCUUGUCUCUAAUUAAAGAUAGUUGAAGUUAUGUAUCAGUAUUGACAUAUAUUCCUAUUGCCAUGUGUUAUUCCUAAACAUUUACAAUACUU